CCGAGAGGGGCGCCCAGAGCGGCCCGUGAAAGCCGGAGCGGAAGUACGGGGCGGGGAGGCCGGAAGCGCUGCGCGGGGGAGGCGGGGGCAGCGGAGCCGCCGGAGCCGCCGAGGCGCGGCGGCAGAAUGACACGAUGGACGCGGGCGGCGGCCCCCUCCUCCCCGACAGCGUCCUCUACGAGAUCUUCCUCUACCUGGACCACGUAGACGUGCUCUCGGCGGGGCUGGUGUGCCGGCAGUGGCACGCCGUGGCCCGGGACGAGUUCCUCUGGAAGGAGCUCUUCUACCGCUACUACCGCAUCUCCCGGGAGGUGCCCCGGCACCCAGCUGCUGUCUCCUGGUAUGACGAGUUCCAGAGGCUCUACGACACCAUCCCUUGCGUGGAAGUGCAGGCUCUGAAGGAGCACAAUGACCAGGUUUUGCACCUCAGCUUCUCCCACUCUGGCUCUUUGUUUGCAUCAUGCUCCAAAGACUGUACUGUCAAGAUCUGGAGCAAUGAGUUGGAUAUCUCCCUGCAGCACAGCUCCAACAUGAGGCCGUACAACUGGAGCUAUACACAGUUCUCCCAGUUCAACUCUGAUGACUCCCUCCUUCUGGUGUCAGGUGUCUUUGUGGGGCCUCACAACUCCUCGUCAGGAGAGAUUGCCGUAAUCAGCAUGGAGAACUUCACGCUGCUUUCCAGGGUGAGGAAUAAGCCCUAUGAUGUGUUUGGCUGCUGGCUGAAUGAAACCAACUUGAUAUCUGGCAAUCUGCAUCGGAUUGGGCGUAUAACCUCCUGUUCUGUGCUGUGGCUGAACAACGCUUUCCAGGGCAUAGAGUCUGAGAAUGUGAAUGUAGUGAAGAGGCUGUUCAAAAUCCAGAACCUGAAUGCCAGCACUAUCCGGACUGUGAUGGUGGCUGACUGCAGCCGGUAUGAUUCCCCAGACCUGCUCCUGGACUAUGAGGAGCAGCUAGCUGCUUCCUCCACCUGCCCAGUCUUUGAUCUUGGCAGUGACAGUGAGGAAGAGGAGGCCAAGCCCAAGCAGAUGCCAGAGCCAGCAUUACAGGAAUUUCCAGAUGACGGGGGUGUGACAGCAGAGGACGGGCUGCAGCAGUUCUUUGAUGAUAUCAUGGAGGGCCGUGUGAGGCCUGCCAUGACCGAGACAGAGUUGGAGACAAAGGUGGCUGAGCUGUUUGUACGCAACAGAACUAAACCGCCUGAGCUGAACCUGCUCUCCACGGACAGCAACAGCAAGACAAAAUACUUAAUCUUCACCACAGGAUGCCUCACCUACUCCCCACACCAGAUAGGGAUUAAAAGGAUCCUGCCCCAUCAGAUGACAACUGCCGGGCCGGUGCUUGGGGAGGAGAGGCGCUCAGAUGAGUUCUUUGACUCACUGGAUCAUGUCAUCGACAUCCAUGGGCACAUCAUUGGCAUGGGCCUCUCCCCUGACCACAGGUACCUGUAUGUGAACAGCCGUGCCUGGCCCCGGGACUGUGUCAUCUCCGACCCGAUGCAGCCACCACCCAUCGCUGAGGAGAUCGAUCUGCACGUGUUUGACCUGAAGACAAUGAAGGAGGUAAAAAGAGCCCUCCGCGCGCAUCGGGCCUACACACCCAAUGAGGAGUGCUUCUUCAUCUUCCUGGAUGUCAGCAGGGACUUCGUAGCAAGUGGGGCAGAGGAUCGCCAUGGCUACAUCUGGGACCGGCACUAUAACAUCUGCCUGGCAAAACUGCAGCAUGACAACGUGGUCAACUCAGUGGCGUUCAGCCCGGUGGAGCAGGAGCUGCUCCUGACAGCCAGCGACGACACCACCAUCAAGGUGUGGCGCUCCCCUCGCACGGUGCGCAUCCAGCAGGCCAGGAAGCCGAGGCCCAGGAAACUGCUCUUCUCCUGGCUCAUGAACCAGAGAAGCUGAACCCAGGUAUACCUGCUCCUGCAGCUUCCUCACUGCAGCCACCUCCUCUGGAGCUUGCAGAGCUUUGAGCCCUGCACAACAGAGACGAGCUCUGGGCACACGAAUCCCAUCCGCCGAGUCAGGAGGGAUCCCGGUAGUGGGAAUUGCUUCCUCCUCGGAGCAUCUGCUUCAAAGAUGGAACGUAAGAGCCGAGGGCCAGUUCCUGAGCCCGUCAGGCAGCAGCCCAAGCUGGUCACUGCAGGGUAGGCUCCCCACAGCUUCUCACGAACGCUGCUACUUGGUCACAGCUCUCUCUGUGUGAGCUUUGGUCUCCGAGAACAGACUGAGGCACGUCUCCAGCAUUUGUACUGUGUGAGCCUGGGACGUGGCUGACCUCGCUGAGAGCUACUGGCUGCAGAGCACUUGGCAGAAGCCAUGGAACAGUGCUGUGCUGCCUUACUGCAGGACACUUUUAAUAUAGUAGUUUUAUUAAUGUUUGUUUGUCCCAAACCUCCAUGGGCAACUCAUCUAGCUGUUGGGUAAUGUCGAGUGCCUCUUUCCACAUGGCAUCUUGGCCCUGGAGGGCAGCAGGGACUGGAGGGUAGUGAGAAGGCAGUGGGGGAGGCAGGGCUGGGGGGGGGCUGGCUGGUGUCUCGUGUGGCCCCUGGGGAUGCAGCCAGUGCCCUGUCGAUGCCUUCUGUUAGCAACUACGUGUUGAUAUCACCAGUUUCCAAACUUGAGAGUGGGGAGGCCUGGUGGCAACAUGGUGCUGGCUUUGCCUCUCUCUUCCUCAGCUAAGUAGCGCUUAAAUAAGCUAUGGCAUCAGUAACGUAUUUAUUCUAGGGGAUCCGCUGUCCCUUCCCAAGGGGGCAGCCAUGAGGAUGGCUGGUGGGUCUCAUGGUCACCUCCCGCCCAUGCUACUCAAGUUGUGGCACUUUAGGUUCUCUUGGUAUGUUUUCCGUGAGUAGGUGAAGGCACCCAUGGGUGGCUGCAGGUAUUCACCCACGGAGGAGCACAGCCCACCUGCCUGAAGUGACAGUUUCAAUAAGCUUCCUUCCUCCUGGGCUGACUUGCCAUGGGUUCGGUGAUUAGCUCCCCCUGGGGACCCCUCUGACAGUGGAGCUGACACUUGAAGCAAUUACAAGAUCGGUGGUGUUUGCUCUGUAUCUGUCCCUGAAGCUUUUCUCCCUGCAGCAGGUACCCAAAUAUAAGAGUCUAAAAUUAAGCCCUUAAUCUUGACUUGGCCUAGAUGGCUGGGGCUGGCAGUGACCCCAGGACCUGCAGUCACUUCUGGGAGCUGGGCUCUGGGCUGCAUCCAGAAAGGAGCUGUGUCCCAGCCAGGGGCUGGGGGAGGCAUUUCGGGACUCCCCUGGGAGCACUGGGGGCAGUUGUCUGUGCCACUCACUGCCUUGGGUUGCAAAUAGACUUAAUGGAGGCAGCAGCUACUGUCUUGAUAUGCACUGAUGGCUUUAACAGCUCCUGUGGCCCUUGGCAGGAGGGUUUGUACCCUCAUUCUGCUGUGCCCCAGCAGGUGCCCAUGGCUUUAUCCAAAACCCUGUACUCAGGUUUUCUGUCAUCAUAGGACCUCCAGAAACAAGGGAGUCCGUGUGUGUGCACACAGGAUCCACAUCCAGUGCUCUGUCCAGUCACACAGCAAAGGAACAGCCUCUACCCUCCUCCCCUGAGAUUGUGAAAUCUCUUCUCCCUGGGCUCGGUGUAGUAGUGAGCAAGGCACUGAGGGUUUAUGUUUGUACCGAGUUCUGCUCUUCACUAUGCCAUUGAAUAAAUAUUCUGCUAAAGCA